ACGCAUCAGAAAUACCAACUCGGUUCGGCGCACGGCGACACAUGCGCUUUUCUUUCAACAUUGAUUUAUUGUAAUUGUGUGAUACCGUAUAACCUGUUUAGAUUUGUAAGAAAAUCUAAUUCCAAUAUAACACAGAGACGUAAAUUACGCUUUGGAAGUAAUAACGGAUAUGUUUACUUCGCAAGAACUAAAGAAAUUUCUAGAACAAAUAUCUGAGAACGCGAAAUUCGUAAAGUACGAUUUCGUGUCAGCGGAAAAAUUUACGAUACAGUUGAGAAGUACGGUAGUAACCGACCAGUCGCAGGAGUACUACAACCAGUAUGUCGGCAAAUGGAUACAAAAGUUCUCCGACUACACCGCCACCAACUGGAUAGUGAGGAAUUCAUUUCCUAAAGUCAAACGGAUGCUGUUCCGCAAGGUGUUCACUUGCCACCGGUCGGGUUAUAACAAGUCAAAGAGCGCCGAUAGAACGCUCAAUGUCGAGUGUAAAGCAAAAAUAGACUUCAAAAUGAAGUUUAUCAAUAGAAACACCAUAAGGAACGACGCGUACCUGAAGGAUAAUUUGAACAUGUGCAUCUUUAUAAACUUCGUGCACUCCCACAAGGUGAGAGGCCGGGAGUCGUACAACUUAUUAAAGAGCUCGUCGGACACCGAUCGGAUUUUCUACGAGUUGUUCGACGAUGGAUACACACCGACCAUGGCGAAAAUGUACCAUGAACUAACACUGAUCGAUAGACACGGGCACGGGUCCGAGGUUUUAAUGGCGGCGAGUAUAAACCCAUCGAUGCACCACGUACAUUACGUACAUAAAAAGUGGAAAAGUUUGGACAAAACGAUUGGCACACCUGAAGAACUUAUGGCCAGAAAGAAGGAGAGUAUCACCAAACUGGGCGGUCUGAUGUGUCACGACAACCCUCAAGUUAUCGUCGUCGUAACCCCUCUGAUGAGGCGCGUAAUCUCAGAGUGUAGUUUGGAUAUUGUCAUCGUGGAGUCAACGGUGACAAAUAUUCUUGUAACCUUCAUGUACGUGCCGAGCAAAGUAGGAGCUUUACCAAUGGCUUGCGUGCUGCACACGGAACAAAACGAAGCCAGCUACAGUCAAGCUUUUUUCGCUGUAAAAUUGCUAUUGGAAGAUGAGUGCGGCAAAAGUUUCGAGCCGAAAACGCUGUUCGCGAACAAUCUGCAGGUCCAAAGGAGCGCAUUGGAAGCUAUCUAUCCGAGUUCGAGGGUACUGGUCUCCAAUUCGUCGAUAUGCUGCGAUGUAUGGGAAUGGAUAUGUAAGGACACCAAUAAGAUUGAUCGCAAAAAGCGACACAUCCUUAUGACAAUGUUCGACUCAAUGUUUCGGGCUGAUACUAUGGAAACCGCUGAGAAGUAUUUCGACGUGUUAAGUAAAGACGAAUAUGUGAAUGCGACACCGACAUUGUUGGACUAUGUCAAUGAAAUAUGGGGCCAAUGUAGACAUUGGUUUGUUGAUCACGAGGAGGUCAAGGAUAAACACAUCGAUUUAUCUGUACGUCUGUUUAAAGAACUAAUUGUGAGUAAAUGUAAGCCUUUCAACAUAGGUGCAAUGGUCGACGUCGCAACCAAUAUAUUGGACAAUUAUUUCCGCCAGAUAUUGCUAGCUUACGUGAAGGAGCAGGAUGUUUUCAAGAUGUAUACAAAGUUUUUUAAAAUGUGUAAAAGUGUAUUAGAAUUGGACUUUAAAAGAAUUGGUGCUAAUGAGUACAGGAUGCAGCUCGAGUCGCCGGCAUCGAAGAGCAAGUACAUAAAAUUCAGGACGGACACGUGGUGCUGCGACUGUGUUUACGGAAAGAGGGGACAUUUCUGCGAACACCUGACGAGUAUCAUCAAUUCGAUGGAAUCAAAGCUCAAAAUAGCGGAUUUGGGUGAAGAUGAGAAAUCGUUUAUCGUUACAAUAGCUGGGGACGACAAAUGUGUUAAGGAGCUAAAAUUUGAGAAUGUAGCUACUGAAAUAAUUCACGAGCACGGAGAAUCGAUAGAUGACGAAUGCGACGACCAAUCAAUAAAAUCAUCGAAAGACAAUGACGUUUAUUGCUAUGAAGAGAUAAAAAUAGAAAAGCUUGAGAAUACCGAUCCUUUGAAUGACGAUGAUAGGAAUGACGAGCAAAACAGUGGACUAACUGCCGACUCCGAAGCUAGAUCAGUGGAUGGACAAUCAGAACUUCAUAGAAAUUACGGCAAGGCCUUGAGAGCGUUGAACGAAGAGUUUCGAAGGUUGAAUAAGUUAUUCAAGGAGAAUGCUAAUACGUCCAACUUGAAUACAGUGCAGCGGUUGGCGAGGGAGUUGAGCAAAAUAAGGCCGAUAGAGAGAUGGAUCGUCGAUGAGACUCUCCUUCACGAUUGAGGUCCUCGCAAUGCGUCUCCAUCUACUUCUGUUCGCAGCCGAGCGAGAGCAUUCCACAAUAGACUGCUGUGUGGCCGUUUUGAUGAGGUCAGUCCAUCGCCUUGGCGAUCUACCACGAGAACGUUUGCCUUGUACAGCUCCUUGCAGAAGUUAGCGGCGGAAUUUUAGGCUAAAGUAUUUGUAUUGUGCGGGGAUCGAAGCUACGACCAUCAGAAGGCAGUACAUCAAACCGCUAGAGCAGUAAG